AUGAAAAGAACGUUAGAUGAUUUCAGUGACGCAUCAAACGAGCAAAAAUCUACACGAAUAAGCAAUCAGGCGUUGUUCAGGUGCACGCUGGGAGCAUGUAAAGCAGAUUUCACAGACCACUCAUCGUUGAAUCACCACAUCCUACAAUAUCACACUUUUAUUUGUCAGAGUUGCAAAAAGAACUUUCCUAAUGAAAGGUUCUUAUAUCUUCACAUACAAGAGCACCAUAAUCCAUUCAAUUCUAUCAAAGAAGAAAGAGGAGAAAAAAUCUACCAGUGUUUUCUGGAAACUUGUGAUAAGAUCUGUUCCUCUCCUCAAACGAGACGUCUACACAUGAUUGAUAAACACCAGUACCCAAAAGAGUUUCUAUACAGUGUCAUUAAAAAUGGCAUGUCCAAAGGGCAAACUAGUUUAUUAAAGUCCCGAUAA